AUGCUGCUGCUGCAGCGGCGCGAGGGGGGCGCAAGUGCAGCGGAGCUGCCAGGCACUGCAGCAGCAGCAGCAGCAGCAGCAACAGCAGCUCAAAGAGCAGCAGCAGACACAGGCUACUUCCCCUGUCCCCUGGAAGACACAGUCUUGACCCCCCUUAUACUGGGCGGCGAAGACGGAUCCCUGCAGGGUAACUGCAGCAGCAGCAGCAGCAGCAGCAGAGCAUGUACCAGCAGCAGCAGCAAAUGCUCCUGCUGCAGCAGGACGAGCUGCAGAGGCAGCGCAGGGCCCCACCUGUUGUCGGCUCGCUGCUGUGCAGCAGCAGCAAACCUGCGUACAGAAUCCGAAGCAGCAGAGCCGACAGCAGCAGCAGCAGCAGCAGCAGCAGCAGAUUCGUUUCGUCUGCCCCCAGAUGUUAUUCAGCCAGGAUGUGCAGCAGAUACAGCGGGGGAGGCUCGUGCCACAGCAGCUACAGCAGCAGCAGCAGCAGCAGCAGCAGCAGGAGCACUCCCAGCAGCAGAAGCAGCAGCAGCAGCAGAAGCGGCAGCAGCAGCUAGCUGCUUGCCAGAUGUUGCGCUAUGCGACGUUGCAUGUGUGAAGCAGACGCUAAGGGCAGUAGCAGCACGCCGUGUCCACGCAGCAGCAGCAGCAGCAGCAGCAGCAGCAACUGCUGCUGCUGCUGCUGCAAGUUGUGGGCGACAUAUGCCAUCUGCGGCAGCCGCAGCAGCAGAAGCCGCAGCAGCAGAAGCAGCAGCAGCGGACGCUGCACUCUUUGCUGCACAGCGGCGCUGCUUGCUGCAGCAGCAGACACAAGCUGGCCCGUUGCUGCUGCAGCAGCAGCAGCUGUAUGCCUGUGGCCGCGAAGCUGCAGCAAGCAUUCAGCUGUACGUACACCUCAAACGUGCUGCAGUGGUAGCCGGCGGAGUGGUUAUUAAGACAGUCCCCACAGCUUACUCUCCUCUUGCUGCUGUUCUCGCUCCUGCUGCUGCUCGCGACUGUGUGGUUGAGAGCUUCAGCCUCAGCAGCAGCAGCAGCAGCAGCGCAGCAGCAACAGCUGCUGCUGCUGCAGCGGAGCAGCUAACUGUAGGCAUCCCUGCUGCAGCUUCUCAGAUAUGGGUCACUGCUGCAGCACGAGGGGUCUCGUUUGUGCCCCCGCACUCAAACCCCGCGCAGCAGCAGUGGCAGCAGCAGCAGCAGCAGCAAAUGCUCAAUCAGCAAGAGCAGCAGCAGCAGCAGCAGCAGCAGCAGCAGCAGCAAGUAGUGCGCGCAGAUAGCACGCCGCUGCUGUUCUCGGUCACUGCUCGGGGAGGCGGCAGCGCUAGGCCUGUGCUGUUUCGCUGCUGCAGCAGCUGCGUAUACGGCAGCAGCAGCAGCAGCAGCAGCAGCAGCAGCAACUUGUGCUGCUGCUGCUAUGGAGCCGCGAAGGCUUCCUCUUUUGUGACCUUCACUCAUGACAGGGACAGCAGCAGCAGCAGCAGCAGCAGCAGCAGCAGCAGGAGUGGCAUUGUAGUUUUGGGGAUGAUAUCUGAGCUUCCUCUUGCUGUUGCACUUGCUGCGGAGACGCAGCGUCUGCUGCUGCUGCUGCUGGUGCCUCUCGACGAAGAGGAAGAGCUGGGGAAGCAGCAGCAGCAGCAGCAGCAGCAGCAGCAGCAGCAGGACCCGGAGCCUGCGCCGCUGUACGAGCUGCAGCAGCUUGCUUCCUUCGCGUGCGGGUCUGCAGAAGGGCCAGCUGCAGAGACUGCGUCUGCUGCAGCAACAGCAGCAGCAGCACGAGGUGCUGCUGCUGCUGCAGUUCCCGUGGCACUGCAGCAGCAAGGCUGCAGGCCUGCUUCGCCGCCAGCGCUUUUGCUGCUGCCGUGGGGAAGCCCUUUUGCUGUUGAAGAGCGGCUGCGUGUGCUGGUGCACCUGGAGGAGCGUCUGCUGCUGCUGCUGCUGCCGGUCCCAGCCUGCAGCACCUGCUGCAGCAGCAGCAGCAGCAGCAGCAGCAGCAGGGACGCAGUCGCGUUUCCAAACGUUAUCGCCUUCUGCUGCCUCAAGGAAGCAGCAGAAACUGCAGCAGCAGCAGCCUCGCUGCCAGUCUCUGACGCCACAGCCCGCAGCGGCAGAGUAGAUGGGGCUUCCUUUCUUUCUGUGCGUCUCCCCGUGCUGCAGCAGCAGCAGCAGCAGCAGCAGCAGCAGCAGGCGGGGAGCCGGGGCCGAGGGAGCUGCGGGAGCUGCUGCUGCUUCCCGCUGCUGCAGCACGAGCUGCCGCAGCACUGGGUGGCCCUUCAUUUAGACGGGGCCCUGCGGCUGUACUGUGGGGAUUUGCUGCUGCAGCAGCUGCUGCUGCUGCACCCCGAGGCUGCUUUGCUGCAGGCUGCUGCUCCCGUAGCUGUCUCAGCUCUGUCGGCGAAUACCUUUCGAGUUACCUUGCUGCUCAAGCAGCAACAGCAGCAGCAGCAGCAGCAGCAGCAACUGCAGCAGCAGCAGCAGCAACUGCAGCAGCAGCAGCAGGAACAGCAGCAGCUGAGCCGUCUCAAGAGCUUCCGCUGCAGCGUCAGGCUGCUGCAGAGCAGCUGGCUGCUGCGGGCCUGCGUCCGCGCGCUUGCGGCGCUGCUGCAGCCAGCAGCAGCAAGAGUUUUGCUGCCUGCAGUCUUCCGCUGCUGUCAGUCGCCGGCCUCCCUCUCGCUGCAGCAGCAGCAGCAGCAGCAGCAGCAGCAGCAGCAGCAGCAGCAAGAAGCCUUUGCUCCAGCGGACACAGGAGAGUUCCCCAGUGUCGCCGCUCUUGAGUGGAGUGCUUUUUGCCAGCUUUUGUGUUAUGAGUUCUUUUCCAUCUGCAGGACCAGCAGCAGCAGCAGCAGCAACAGCAGCAGCAGCAGCAGCUGCAGCAGUGAGCACGUUGCCGUUGCAGCAGCAGGCGCUCGCCUGCUGCAGCUGCAAGCGGCAGUGCCGCCGCAGGGAGAAAACUUGCCUCCGGAACAGCAGCAGCAGUGUGCUGCAGCAACACCAAGCCGAGCAGCAGCAGCAGCAGCUGCUGCUGCUGUCGCUUCUCGACUGAAGCGGCGCCGCGGGCCGCUGCAGCAGCAAGGCGACAGGCGCUGCAGCAGAGAAGGCUCAAGCAGGUGCAGCAGCGGCAGCUCAGCAGCAGCAGCAGCAACUGCUGCAGCACUAAGCUCCCUCGAAGCUGAGGGCCUGGGCCCUCUUGCUGCAAUUAUUUGCAGCGCACAAGAAGUGCUUGAGCAGCAGCAGCAGCAGCAGCAGCAGCAGCAGCAGCAGCAGCUCGGAGCAUGCAUGGACGACUGUGGUGCUUCAGGGGUGCCGCCUUGUGCUGCGCCGUUGCCAGCAGCAGCAGCAGCUGCUGCUGCUGCUUCUGCUGCUGAUGGCAGCUGCAGCUGCAGUGACGGCGAGCUGCUGCAGCUGGGGCUGAAGCAGCAGCUACCCUGCAUAUUUCUCGUGCUGCAUUUGCUGCUGGAGGAUUUGCUGCUGCGGCAGGUGUCUGUACACCUGGAGGUGCAGAAGCUCGUGCUGCUGCUGCACACUUUGGCCCGGCUGCUGCAGCUGCCUCUGUUUGCAAGCUACUAUCAGUGCUGCUUUCCCUCUCCGCUGGAGCAGCAAGUCAGCAGCAGCAGCAGCAGCAGCAGCAGCAGCAGCAGCAGCGACACCAGCUACAGCAAGUGGCAGGGCUGCUGCAGUGAACGCUGCAAGCGCCGCUAUGCAGCUGCUGCUGCUGCUGCUGCACGGGGAGAUGUGCAGCUUAGCGUUACUGAGGCUGCUGCGGCUGCUGCUGCUGCUGCACAGUGCAGCUGCAGCAGCUGCGAGCCGCCCCUGCUGCUGUGGCUGCGGCAGCUGCAGGAAGUGCCGUCUGCCAUUGGGCUGCUGCAGGAACUAGCAGCAGGGAGGAGUCUUCCGCAGCAGCAGCAGCAGCAGCAGCAGCAGACGUCCCUUGCUGCUGCAGCGCUGCAGCGGCUGUCCAGGAAGCAGAAGGUGCUAACAGAGUCCCUUGGUCUGCAGCAGCUGCCGCUGGCGGUUCCUGGUUGCUCCAGCAGCAAAGACAGCAGCAGCAGCAGCAGCUGCAGCUGCUGCAGCAGCAGCUGCUGCUGCAGCACCACCAGCACUAGCGGCUCCACACUCGAGCUCUCAACGCAGAAUUUGAUGGUCAUCGAUACGCCGCAGCAACGGCAUCCACAGCAGCAGCAGCAGCAGCAGCAGCAGCAGCAGCAGCAGCGCCGUCGCGCCAUUGUUUAUCCUUCUCUGCUGCUGCCGCUAACGCGAUUUGCUGCUGCUGCAGUAGCGGCGGCGUCUGGGGCGGAAGUGCAGCAGCUUUUUCCUGCUGCAGUAGACCCGCAAUGGCCGGAGCGCUGCUGUGCUUCUGAGCAGAAGCAGCAGCAGCAGCAGCAGCAGCAGCAGCACGGACAGCAGCAGCCAGGCAGUGCGCCGUGGCAGGUCCUGAGGCUCAGCAGCAAAGCAGGCCUCGACAACGGGCUGCUGCAGCAGCUGGCGCUGCCGCUGCGGCUGUGGCUGUGUCAGGUGUACAGACAGCUGGGGCCCUGCGAGCAUUUGCUGCAGCGGGGGCUGCCGCAGCAGCAGCUGCUGCUGCUGCGGAGGCCCGACGUGGCAGCAAACCGCAUGCUGCUGCGCGCAUUGCAGCGGCGCGGCGCUCUUACGUGCAGCAGGAGCAGCAGCGGCUGCUGCUGCAGCAGCUGCAGCAGAAGCAGCAGCAGCAGCAGCGGGGAGGACGGGGAGUUGGCAGCGGGGGAGGUGCUGGCGCGUGUUGUUGUUGCCUCAUCGUAUUGCGGUUUACCUGCUGCUGCUGCUGGAGCGCCGCAAGGCAGCAGCAGCAGCAGCAGCAGGGGCAGCAGCAGCAGCGAUAUGAGCAUUCAGUACUCGCAGCAGCAGCAGCACGAAGGCGAGCAGCAGCAGCGCAGCAGCAGGAGCGGCAGCUCGAAGGACUUGGCCGAGCGACUGCUGAACAGUUCGGCCCCCUGCACCGUCCGGGUGCUGCUGGAGUCUGCUGCUGCUGCUGCUGCUGCACUGCCCGAAGACCUGCUGCGGCUGCGGCAGCAGCAAGUGCUGCAGCGGCGGCUGUCGCUGCCGCUGGGCUGGGGCGCCCUGAAGCUGGGCUCUGUUGACCCUGAGGUGUACGUACACUCCAAAUUGGCCAUUUUGCCUUUCGAGCUGCGCUGCGAGGUAGUUACUGUUGCGCCGCUGCAGCAGCAGCAGCAGCAGCAGCCGAGGAGCCCGCAGCAGCUGCAGCCGCCACACUUCACUUGGGACCCCUUGGAUGAGGAGACGCUUCCUCAGCAAUUUGCUGCUGAGGAGUUUUCCGCCAUUGGCGCGUCUGCUGCUGCUGCUGCUGCGUGGGGCAGCGGAGCCGCAGCCACGGGAGCAGCAGCAGCAGCAGCAGCAGCAGCAGCAGCAGCAGCAAAACGCACCGGCGCCGAGCGCUACGUGUACGUACACUCCCCGCUGGCGCAGCAGCAGCGCCCGAAACUCCGCGUAGAAGCAGAUGGACUUUCUUGGCCUUCUUUCAGCAGCGCUUGUGCUGCUGCUUUGGCUGUGGGGCCCCACCCGCGCCGUGCAGCAGCAGCACGCAGGACGCGCCUCCGCUGGUGCUGCAGCAGCUGCUGCAGCAGCAGCAGCAGCAGCAGCAGCUGCAGCAGCAGCUGCAGCGGCAGCUGUAGCGCGCAGUCCCACGCCGCAGCGAGCGCGCUGGAGCGGCAGCAGCAGCACCACUUGCUGCUACAGCAGCUGCAGCAGCAGCAGCAGCAGCAGCAGCAGCAAGGCGACAACAGCGUCUUCUGGCACUGGCUGCAGCGGCAGCAAGAGGUCUUGUCGCCCCCCGAGUUCGCCGGCGUCUGUCUUGGGCUGUCUCUACAGGGGCAGCUGCAGCAGCUGCGAGCAGCAGAUUGGAUUCGGCUGCUGCAGGGGGCCCCAGCUGACUGCAGCACGGCGCUGUCGGGGCUGCUGCUGGCUGCUAGCUGCAGCAGCAUCAGCAGCUGCAGCACCAGCCUGCGCCGCCUGUGUCUGCUGCACCUGGCCCCUGCCCCCCUGAUGGCAGCUGCCGUGCUCAACAGCAGCAGCAGCAGCAGCAGCAGCAGCAGCAGCGGCAGCGGCGGGCCUACAGAGGCUGCUGCACUUGUGGGUUUGGGCUUGCUGCACUUUGGGUCGGCUGAUCCAGCUGUCACGGCGACGCUGCUGCAGCACCUGCUGCGGCCGCCUUGGCUGCAGCAGCAGCAACAGCAGCCGCCGUACGAGGCUCACCAGCAGCAGCAGCAGCAGCAGCAACAGCAGCAACAGCAGCAGCAACUGCAACUCCUUCAGAGGCAUGUCUACGCCUUCAGCGCGGCCUGGGCUUUGGGGGCUGUCUGGGCCGGCCAUUUUGCCCGACCCAGGAGCUGCUGCUGCAACCCCAGCAGCAGCAGCAGCAGCAGCAGCAGCAGCAGCAGCGAGAACAUAGAGGCCUGGACUGCGGAGCUGCUGCUGAUCGCCAACCUCACAACCCCCUGGCCUUGGGGAGCAGCAGCAGCAACGAGCAGCAGGGGAGGCAGGGGCCCCAGCGGGGAAGAGCCUGCGCUGCGGCGGUGCCUGUCGCUGGUGACAGCAGCAGCAGCAGCAGCAGCAACAGCAGCAGCAGGGGAAGCAGGGGCUGUGCGGGGGCCGCAGCCGCUGGUGCUGGGCGACGAGCACGCGCGGCUGCUGCUGUCUCCCUGGGGCUUCGGGCACUUGAAGGGGCAGCAGCAGCAGGACGCCUGGAGCAGCAGCAGCAGCAGCAGCAGCAGCAGCCGCUGCAGCAACGCGCAUGCAGGCGGCGUUGAUGCCUCUUUGCUGGGGCCCCCUGCUGCUCUCGCCUGGGGCCUCAUUUACUUCAGCAGCGGAGACGAAGCAGCAGCACGCGCGCUGCUGCUGCCAGCCACAAGUCUGCAGCUGGAGGAGUGCCUGCCCAACACUGUGGCUUACAAGGUGAGCAAGCAGCAGCAGCAGCAGCAGCAGCAGCAGCAGCAGCAGCAGCAGCAGCAGCAGCAGCAGCAGCAGCAACAGCAGCAGCAACAGCAGCAGCAGUAG